GUGGAUUCAGUUCGCUUUUGUCAGUCCACUUGGCUAGUUGUGUGUGAAAUAUUACUAUUAUUUUAGAGUUCAAAAACUACGCGUAAUUGCAUUUUAACAGAAUUAUCUUUAUAAAUAAAAACUUUUCGGCAGCUGAAAACAUUAGUCUUAAAGAGUGUUAUGAAGUGAAAGUAUACAUAUGUAUAUAAGUGUAUAGUAAAACAUCUUCAAGAAUUUCGGAAAAAUUUUAGAAGAUAUAAGUACAAUAAAAUGUCGCAAAAUAAUUCAAUUGCUCAUAUCAUGGCGGUAAAUGGAGACGCGACAAAAAUUCCAAUUGACAAGGAGUCACCGUUAAUAUUUUUCGUGAAUGGCAAAAAGGUCGUUGAUGCGACACCAGAUCCAGAAUGCACUCUACUGACAUAUCUGCGCGACAAACUGCGUUUAUGUGGCACGAAAUUGGGAUGUGGCGAAGGUGGUUGUGGCGCUUGUACGGUUAUGCUUUCGCGCGUUGAUCGCGCCACCAACAGCAUCAAACACUUGGCUGUUAACGCCUGUUUAAUGCCAGUAUGUGCGAUGCAUGGGUGCGCAGUAACCACCAUAGAGGGGAUCGGUAGCACACGCACCCGCCUCCACCCCGUACAAGAGCGUCUGGCUAAAGCCCAUGGCAGUCAAUGUGGCUUUUGUACACCAGGCAUAGUAAUGUCUAUGUACGCACUACUUCGAAGCAUGCCUCUGCCAUCAAUGAAGGAUUUGGAAGUGGCGUUUCAAGGCAACCUAUGCCGUUGUACCGGUUAUCGUCCUAUUUUGGAAGGAUAUAAGACUUUCACGAAAGAAUUUAGCUGUGCCAUGGGUGAUAAGUGCUGCAAGUUAAAUGGUAAUAAAAGACAAAAUCGCGAAAAUGAAAACGAAAACGAAAAGUUAUUUGAAAAAAGCGAAUUUUUACCCUUCGAUUCCAGUCAGGAACCCAUUUUUCCACCAGAACUGCAUUUAAAUUCGCAAUAUGAUGCGGAAAAUCUUUUAUUCAAAGGACCGCGAUCGACAUGGUACCGUCCGGUGGAACUAUUAGACUUACUGAAGCUGAAAUCGGAGCACCCGCAUGCCAAAAUAAUUGUUGGCAAUACGGAAGUUGGUGUUGAAAUGAAAUUUAAGCAGUUCCUAUACACCGUACACAUCAAUCCCAUAAAGGUACCGGAAUUGAAUGAGAUAUGUGAUUUAGAGGAUAGCAUUCUAUUUGGUUCUGCUGUUACCUUAAUGGACAUUGAUGAGUACUUACGCGAACGUAUAGAGAAAUUGCCGGAGCACGAAACACGUUUCUUCCGUUGUGCUGUAAAAAUGUUACACUACUUCGCGGGCAAACAGAUACGGAACGUGGCGUCACUCGGCGGAAACAUUAUGACUGGAAGUCCAAUUUCCGACAUGAACCCCAUUUUGACUGCAGCAUGCGCCAAGCUUAAAGUGUGCAGCUUAGUUGAUGGGAAAGUACAAACUCGGGAUGUACACAUGGGUCCGGGCUUCUUUACUGGAUAUCGCAAGAAUACAAUUUUGCCACAUGAAGUUUUGGUAGGCAUAUACUUUCCGAAGAGCUCAAAAGAUCAACACUUUGUGGCAUUUAAGCAAGCGCGCCGUAGAGAUGAUGACAUUGCAAUCGUGAAUGCAGUUAUAAAUGUGACCUUCGAACCGAAUGCCAAUAUAGUCAAACAAAUUUAUAUGGCUUUCGGCGGUAUGGCACCCAUAACGAUCAUGGCACCGAAAACAUCACAAAUCAUGGCAAAGCAGAAAUGGAAUCGGGUAUUAGUUGAGCGUGUGACUGAAAGCUUAUGUGCCGAAUUGCCAUUGGCACCGUCUGCACCGGGUGGUAUGAUCGCCUAUCGUCGUUCACUGGUAGUUAGUUUAUUCUUCAAGGCAUAUUUGGCCAUUAGUCAAGAAUUAAUUAAAGCCGGUACUAUUGAAGAUGAUGCAAUACCAGUGAGAGAACUGAGCGGUGCUAAUACCUUCCAUACACCGAUUUUGCAGAGUGCCCAGCUCUUUGAGAGGGUAUGUGCCGAACAAUCAACAUGUGAUCCCAUCGGUAGACCAAAGGUACACACCUCCGCGCUGAUACAGGCAACGGGUGAAGCAAUUUACUGCGAUGAUAUUCCGCGUCAUGAAAAUGAAUUAUAUCUAGCGCUUGUACUUAGUACCAAAGCGCAUGCAAAGAUCAUAUCUAUUGAUGCUACCGAAGCGCUGAAACAGCACGGUGUACACGCGUUCUUUUCCAGCAAAGAUUUGAGUGAACACGAAAAUAGAGUUGGUGCCGUGUUUCACGAUGAGGAAGUCUUCGCUUCGGAAAUAGUUUAUUGCCAGGGGCAAGUAAUCGGUGCCAUUGUUGCGGAUAGUCAAGUUUUAGCACAACGUGCGGCGCGUCUAGUGCAUAUCAAGUACGAGGAGCUAACCCCGAUAAUUGUAACAAUUGAGCAGGCCAUCGCACAUAAAUCCUAUUUUCCCAAUUAUCCACAAUAUAUUGAGAAGGGUGAUAUACAGAAAGCUUUUAAGGAGGCUAAUCACUUUUAUGAAGGUAGCUGUCGGAUGGGUGGUCAGGAACAUUUCUAUUUGGAAACGCACGCUUGUGUGGCAACGCCGCGAGAUAGUGAUGAAAUUGAACUAUUUUGUUCGACCCAAAAUCCCACGGAGAUACAAAAACUAGUUGCUCAUGUGUUAUCUGUGCCAUGGCAUAGAGUGGUAUGCCGAUCUAAACGCUUGGGUGGCGGAUUUGGCGGUAAAGAGUCGCGUUCAAUUAUCGUAGCACUUCCAGUUGCAUUAGCCAGUUAUAGGCUAAGAAGACCGGUACGUUGUAUGCUUGAUCGAGAUGAAGAUAUGAUGACAACGGGCACUAGACAUCCAUUUCUCUUCAAAUACAAAAUUGGUUUCACCAAGGAAGGCCUAAUAACGGCAUGCGACAUUGAGUGCUUUACUAAUGCCGGCUGCUCAAUGGAUCUCUCAUUUAGCGUUCUUGAUCGUGCUAUGAAUCAUUUCGAGAAUUGUUAUCGCAUACCAAAUGUUAAAGUUGGUGGUUGGGUCUGCAAAACGAAUUUACCAUCUAACACAGCGUUUAGAGGAUUUGGUGGGCCUCAGGGCAUGUUUGCGGCGGAACAUAUAGUACGUGAUGUGGCGCGCAUAGUUGACAAGGAUUACUUGGAUGUCAUGCAGUUGAAUUUUUAUAAAACUGGUGAUUACACACACUAUAAUCAAAAGUUGGAAAACUUCCCUAUUGAAAAAUGUUUCAGAGAUUGCAUAGAUCAGUCGAAAUUCUACGCGAAGCGUGCAGAAAUUGAAGAAUUUAAUAAAAGCCAUCGCUGGCGCAAACGCGGUAUCUCCCUGGUGCCUACCAAAUAUGGUAUUGCAUUUGGUGCAAUGCAUCUCAAUCAAGCCGGAGCGCUGGUAAAUAUAUAUGGCGAUGGUUCGGUAUUACUAUCGCAUGGUGGCGUCGAGAUCGGACAGGGUCUACACACCAAAAUGAUACAAUGUUGCGCGCGAGCAUUAGGCAUACCAACGGAGCUAAUUCAUAUUGCUGAAACCGCGACCGAUAAGGUACCAAACACUUCACCAACGGCAGCUAGUGUAGGUUCAGAUUUGAAUGGUAUGGCUGUAUUGGAUGCUUGUGAGAAGAUAAAUCAGCGACUGAAUCCUAUUAAGGAGGCCAAUCCGAAAGCUACGUGGCAAGAUUGGAUCAGUAAAGCAUAUUUCGCUCGAAUAGGUCUCUCAGCAAGUGGAUUCUAUAAAAUGUUAGAUGUUGGCGACGACCCAAAGACAAAUCCAAAUGCGCGUUGUUAUAAUUAUUAUACGAAUGGUGUUGGUGUAUCAACGGUUGAAAUUGAUUGCUUAACAGGUGAUCAUCAAGUGUUGAGCACAGACAUCGUAAUGGAUAUAGGUUCCAGCUUGAAUCCAGCUAUCGAUAUUGGACAAAUUGAAGGUGCAUUCAUGCAAGGUUAUGGCUUGUUUGUAUUGGAAGAGCUCAUUUAUUCACCUCAAGGUGCUCUUUAUUCGCGCGGACCUGGCAUGUAUAAACUUCCAGGAUUUGCCGAUAUACCGGGCGAGUUUAAUGUGAGCCUUUUAACUGGUGCGCCUAAUCCUAGGGCUGUUUAUUCCUCAAAGGCCGUUGGGGAGCCACCAUUAUUUAUAGGCAGCACUGUAUUUUUUGCUAUUAAGGAAGCAAUAUCAGCUGCACGCGCUGAAAGGCGGCUAAACGGCAACUUUGUACUGAAUGCCCCGGCGACGGCUGCUCGUAUACGAAUGGCAUGCCAAGACGAAUUUACAGAAUUGAUUGAUCAACCGCCCCCUGAUACCUACACACCUUGGAAUGUGGUACCAUAAACAUGAAAUCAUGAGUUAAAGUCAAAAUUUAUUAUUUGUACACAAGUAUUUACACUCCUGCAGGCAUUUGACUAUCAGUAGAUUGAUAUACUGGGAAUGUAAUAUAAGAGUAUAAAUUGGUGCUAUCAUAUAAUAUGAUGAUAAUAUUAAUAAAACAUACACAUGCAAAUUAUAUGGUCAAUACAUUAAGAUAAAUUUUCGGGUUGAGAAAUUAUUAACUUAUCUAACAAUAUUGUGAUCAAUACCAAUAUAGCUUAUGACUAAAAA